UACACCGCCCUAUUCCACCAUUGACAGAGAUGACAUCGAAACCCCUUCCCACCAGAGCCUAAUCAACAUCAACACUGACUCAACAACGAGCUUCCCAACAACAAGCGUCUCCAUCUAUCUUUCUCCCUCUAAUCUAAUUCAGAUAAUUAUAAACCAAACUGGGCCCAACCAACCAAUGGCCUCUCUCCAACCUCAACCCCAAGAAACCAAACCCACCGCCACCACCACCACUGAAACCACUCCCAGCGAAACAUCUAACAGUAACACCAACAACAAAAUCAGUAGUCGUAAGUGCAAAGGUAAAGGUGGCCCCGACAACAACAAAUUUAGGUACCGCGGCGUCAGACAACGAAGCUGGGGCAAAUGGGUCGCCGAGAUCCGCGAGCCACGCAAGCGAACUCGUAAGUGGCUUGGAACCUUCGCCACCGCCGAGGACGCCGCCAGAGCCUACGACCGCGCCGCCAUCAUCCUCUACGGUUCCAGGGCACAGCUUAACCUCCAACCCUCCGGUUCCUCUUCUCAAUCUUCCUCUUCUCGCUCCUCUUCCUCUUCCACCCAAACCCUAAGACCCUUGCUUCCUCGCCCUUCAGGUUUUUCUGUCAAUUUUCCAUUUAACACCGCUACCGUGCCUUACCCUUAUAACAAUAGUCACAAUUACACUUACUCCCCACCGGUUCUGUGCCCUAAUGAUAAUCACAAUAAUAAUAUAGUGCAAGUUCAUCAUCCUCAUCACCAUCGUUGUCCCGAGGAAUUGGUGCAAGUGCAAGUGGCACAUACUCUAUCAACAUCGUACCAACAUAAUUCGGAAUCCGAUGUGGGUUUAGGUGUGAAUAAUAAUGUUUUUGUUGUUGAUGGUUCUAUUAGAUCAACCUCGUACCAAAGGCAUGGUUUUCUGGAUAGUAAUAAUAAUCAUGUGCAUGUGCAAGUGCAACAUGGGGUUUUGUCGAAUCAACAGCAACAGCAACAUCAGAAUGGCGUGGUGGUGGAGGGAGUGAAUAAUUCCCCCGUUGUGGGUUCGGUUGCGUCUGCUAUGGAUGCUUCUUCGGUGGAUCCGGAUCUGGCGUUGGUGGGGACAGUGGGGCUUGGAUCUUCUUCGCCGUUUUGGUCCAUGGCGAACGAGGAUGACUACACUGGUAGUUUAUGGGAUUAUAAUGAUCCUUUCUUCUUUGAUCUUUAAAGAAAUUUGAGUUUGAAAUUGCUUGAUUAAUUAAUUAGAAUUAUAACAUAUGUUUGUUCAAGUUAAUUAUAUCGUUCGAUUGGUUUGAACUUAUAGUAUUAGUUCAUCGUGAUGGAAGAGGAUCACAUAUAGAUUGAUCGAUGCUGUUGUGAAUAAAAUGCUGGGUAGACUACGACGCUGAAAGAUUAGUGCUUGUUAGUAUUAAUUGUUAAUUGUGGAUAAUAAGCGUAGUAGAAUUAAAUAAAAUCAUUUUCAUGGUUGAGAUUUAGUGCUGUUGUAAAAUACUAAUUAACUGCAGUGCAAAUACAUUUUGCUGCUGGUGAUUGGGAAGCAAAUCAACGAUGAAGUUAUGUAUCUUGCCAGAUUAUGCGGUAAGCCCUUUCUAUUAUUUGGACUUCAUCAAUUCAAUGUAUGUGUAAGUUAUAUGCACUGAUCAGUGAUGUUUAAAUGUAAAUGUACGUAGUCAUUGUUCUCUUGGAUCAAAUAAUUCGGAGGUUUUCAUGGAGUUUUAACUGUGAAACCAGAAGUUGAGAAAUUGAAUGAUUGGAAAAAAGCUGUAUUAUUUUUUUUGGGUUGAUUAAUAUUGUUCUUAA